AAGCUGCGAAUUACUAACGCAAGGGCGGCGUAAAAAACGAAACCCUCGAUCCCCCCCGUCGCCCAUUUACCCGAUUUCGCGUUGAAACCCCAGGCGCUGACCAUUCUCGCCUCUCGAUGGCGGAGGGUUCGUUUCUGGCGGCGGCCGACGUUAAGGAGGGCAUCGCCGUCUCCGUCGCCUCUCAGGUGGAAGUCUUUUUUCAGAGACAGAUCGACUUCGACACCUCGCUUAAGCCUCCGUCAUCCUUCCCCAGUGCUAAAGGGAAUUCCCGUCCCGAGACCCUGAAACCAUUCUCGGGUCCCGGUAAGUCUGCUUGCAGAGCGACUGCGGCGGCCGCUCUGUCAUUGCGGAAGCGGCCACGGGAGUCUGAGUUUUGCGAGCUAGAAUUAGAUCCGGAGCUUAGCCGCAGGAUCACCUUCAAGAGAAUAGGUGCUGGUCUAGCAAAUCUUGGCAAUACUUGUUUUCUUAAUUCGGUUCUCCAAUGCCUUACAUACACUGAGCCUUUUGCUGCUUAUUUGCAAAGUGGAAAACAUAAAUCUUCUUGUCAUACAGCUGGAUUUUGUGCAAUGUGUGCCCUUCAGAAUCAUGUUAAUACUGCUCUACAAUCAAGUGGAAAGAUAGUGUCUCCUUCUCAUCUUGUAAAGAACUUGCGGUGUGUAUCACGCAGUUUUCGCAAUUUGAGACAGGAAGAUGCACAUGAGUAUAUGGUCAACUUGCUUGAAUCAAUGCAUAAAUGUUGUUUACCAUCCGGAGUGCCUAGUGAGUCUCCUAGUGCGUAUGAGAAAAGCUUGGUACACAAGAUAUUUGGUGGCCGUUUGCGAAGUCAGGUUAAAUGCACACAAUGUACCUACUCUUCUAAUAAGUUUGAUCCCUUCUUAGACUUGAGUCUUGAAAUAGCGAAAACCAACUCAUUGCGGAAUGCACUUACACAUUUCACUGCUGUGGAGCAAUUAGAUGGAGGUCAGAAGCAUUACCACUGCCAAAACUGCAAGGAGAAAGUUAGGGCCCUUAAGCAGCUUAGCAUUCACAAACCUCCACAUGUUCUUACCAUUCAUCUCAAACGUUUUAGUUCUUAUGAUCCUGAUCAAAAGAUUGACAAGAGAGUGGCUUUUGAACCAACUCUGGACUUGCAACCUUUUGUCAGUGAUCAACCGGAAGGAGACUUAAAGUACACCCUUUAUGGUGUAUUGGUGCAUGUUGGUUGGAGUACGCACUCUGGACACUAUUAUUGUUAUGUUCGCACCUCAAGUGGCAUAUGGCACUCUCUGGAUGACAAUCAGGUCCACCAGGUUAGUGAAAAGACUGUCUUGAUGCAGAAAGCAUAUAUGUUAUUUUAUGUUCGAAACAGAAGUCCUAUACCUAAAGGAUUUGCCAAUUCAUUAUUCAAAGAUGGGACUAAUCCCAUGGGAAAGAGAUUGAUCCCUAAUGGAGUAAUUAAGAAUGGUUUGAUAAGAAAAAGUUCAGAAUCUAUGCCUGAGAAAUUGGAAAAUUCCAGCACCAUUCUUCAAUCUGGUUCUGAAAUGGAUAUUUCAUCUAAUGUACCUUUACCUAAAUCAUCAUCUACACUGAAUGGUGAUACUGCUCUAAAUGAAAUUUCAAAAACGCAAGACAAUAACGAGGUAAUCGGAGUACAAGUUUCCACUUUGCAAGCUGAUGGCAACUUCAUGAAGAAAGAAUUGCAGCAAACAAUACCAACAUCUGUUGUAACUCUUGUUUCAGAUGGAGCAAUUGUGAAUGGCUUGAUAGAAAAAGGCCCCAGCAACUUGGAAUCUAUUUCUGCUAAUAUGGGUAAUUAUAGCACUAUUAUUCAAUCUAAUUCUGCAAUGGAUACUUCAUCUGAUGUACCUUUAUCUAAAUCAUCAUCUACCAUAGUGAAUGUUGACGCUGCUCAAACUCCAAAAAUGCAAGAUAAUAACCAGGUAAAUGGAGUUGAAAUUUUCACUUUGAAAGUGGGUGGCAACACAAAGAAAGAAUUAAAACAAAUGGUAUCAACAUCCACCACAAUUUAUGUAUCCAAUAGAGUAAUUCUGAAUGAUUUGAUAGAACAAAGUUCCAUCACCUUGGAAUCCAUCCCUGCCAAAUUUGGAACCUCAAGUGUUAUUAUUGAAUCUGGUCUUGCAAGUGAUACUUCAGCUAAUGUACCUUUACUUAUGUCAUCAUCUACUAUACUGAAUGGCAAGACUGCCCUAGAUGAAAUUCCAAAAUUUCAAGAUAAAAGUCAGGCAGUUGGAGUAGACAAUUCCACUUCAAAAGGAGAUGACAACUGCUUAAUGACAGAAUGUUUGCCAACAAUAUUGACAUCUGUAGCAACUUUGGUUGCAAAUGGAGUAAUUCAGACCGCUUUGAUAGAAAAAAGUUCCAGCACCUUGGAAUCUAUCCCUGGCAAUUUGAGAACUUGUAGCACUAUUACUCAAUCUGGUCUCGCAAUGUAUACUUCAUCUAAUAUACCUGCACCUCAAUCACCAUAUACUAUACUGAAUAGGGAUGCUUCUCUAGAUGGAAUUCCAGAAGACCAGGUAACUGGAGUAGAAAUUUCCUCUUUGCAAGAAGAUGGCAACUGUUUAAAGAAAGAAUCACAGCAAUGGACUUCAACAUUUGUAGCAAGUUCAUCAUCUGUAGUAGUUUCUAAGAACCUAGUGCAUCAGCCCUUCGAUGAAGCGGAAGAAGGUAUGGAAAAAGGCCUCUCCCAAGUUAAUGUUGAGAAGGGUGUCUCUCUUCACCUUGUUCAUAGCAGCAAUUGUGAUGGUGAAAGAUGUGAUGCUUCCUGUUUGCCUUGCCAGAGUAAAUAUCAGAAUGAAAGAGACUCAUCUAAUGUGCAUAUUAAAGAGAACAAUUUUCCUAAACAGAAGUCUGCUUCAAAGAAACAGCAUAAUCCAACAAAACUGAAGCAGCAAAAGUAUGCUAAUUCUGCACAGGAGGGCCUACUCUUUUUCCACAAUCAUCUAUUUCUUGCUUCUUUAAAACUGCGCUUGAUCCAAAGAUCCAUAAAAAAGAAAAAACAAAGUGGAAGAUUAAAAAUUUCACUGAAGGAUGAUCAGGUUUUAUCAACAUCUGAGGCCAUUAAAAAUGUUGCUGCAGCAAAGCAUUCUUGUUCACAGCACCUCGGAUCUGGAUUGAGCAAAGCAAAUAACUUAGAAAUAGUGAAGAUUGGAAGCUGUAAUGGAAAAUCAUCUAACAUUUCUGAUAACAAAGAGAAAGUGAAGAAAGGCGAAAACACAAUCUUGGUCCCUAGGUUGCAAAAGACUAGAUCAACUUAUGCAGAAAGGUCACUUAACUCAAGACGCACUAUUGCAGAUGACCAGAUAAAGUCUCAGAAUUAUUUUUUUAACCUGCUCACAGCAGGCUUGAAAGAGUUUGGUGGUGAGAUGGCAUCCUAAUUCGUCCCAAGAUGGGAUGAUACUGAAUUGCGUAAAUUGGGACAGAAUGAUAUAGAAAGCUCAACAAGUACAAGUAUUAGAUAUGCACUAGAUGAAUGGUUGAAGAGGAGCAGCAUCGUGAUUGGAUUGAAUGACAAUAAGUUGAAAAUGGAUUUAGAAUAUGGAGGCAAGCUAAAGUUGAGAAAAUCCCCACAAUCUUUCGAUAGGCCAGACUUAUUCCAACAUUCUGCCAAACAAAAAGCAGAACAAAAUUCGAAGGCAAAAUUAGAGUCUUUAAGACCAGGAAAUCAACCUCUCAGGAUAUCACAAUGAAGUCAACGAAAUUUUGUCGUAUACUUAAUCUUGAUUAUGUUGUUUAUUUUUAUUUUUAAUUUUCUCUAAUCAAUCGCUCUGGUUUUCUCCCUUGCCCCUGAGGCUCAUUGCUACCAUGCAAUUUUUGAGACCGGGAGGGAUAACAGAGUGGUUAACAAGCACAGUUGAGUAAUAUAGUGGAGCUUCAAGUGUAUUAUGGCAGAUGUACUUUUAUCUGCGACAUCAAUAUUCCAGUCUUGGUAUUUUACUUUCUAACAAUAUUUUUGAUAUUUAUCGGCAGUGUAUGAUCGGCAGUUUGGUCUUGUGUAUUUUUUUUAGGAAUUGUUAAACUUUAAAGGUCUAAUUGUUUUUUC